GGAAAUAUCACAAUGCUGUAUCUUAAUCUUAAUUUUUCAGGGAUGGUUACGAUAAAAAAUGAGACUAAUAUAAUGGUUAAAAAUGCCAUCGACAUCAUCUUUAGCGGUCUUUCCUUCUGGCUUUUUGGAUUUGGCUUAAGCUUUGGUGUGGAUGAAGGUACGAACGCUUUCACAGGGGUCGGGUAUUUUCUCACAGAGGUUCCUAUCGAAAAAGGUGCAGUAUAUUCAAUGUACUUCUUCCAAAUGGCGCUUGCUUCGACAGCGACAACCAUUGUCUCUGGAGCAAUGGCCGAACGGACGAAUCUCAAAGCUUACAUGCUGUAUUCCUUUGUGAGCACGCUCUCCACGUGUUUUCCAACUCACUGGAUUUGGGGCAAGAAGGGGUUACUCAAAGAACUCGGAGUCAUUGAUAUCGCUGGAUGCUCAGGAGUGCACCUGGUUGGCGGAGCCGCAGGGCUGGCUGCUGCUGUCAUGCUCGGACCCAGGCUGGGGCGUUUUGAUGACAACAAAAAAAGACCUCAACCGUGCUCCAUGACUAAUGUGUUGCUUGGGACGUUCAUGCUGUGGUGGGGCUGGCUGGGGUUCAACUGUGGCAGCACUUUUGGAAUCAGUGGAGGUAAGUUGGUUAGUUCUUAUUUUGUUUGAUCCGGCUGAUCCGUGCAAAACGUGCCGAGUAGAAAGUUAAAAAAGGUCUAGUCUGACUCGGGCCAAGUGGUCCAUGACGCCGGAGUUUAUCACGGUUGCCGAGCGGAAACCUUCAGACCAGGAUAAUUCUUAAAGAAUGUCUCGAUGUGCCUGCCAGUUCUCAAAACUUACAUCAACAGUAGAUGUAUGAUAAUUAGUGAUGAGAUUUGAUUUUUCGAGAUUAUGACUCACACUGGUAGCAAAAGCGGGCGAGUGGCACACUAUAAUGAUUGAAUAAAUCAGCCAUGUCUGCUCCUGUAUUUUUUUAAGUUAGCAAAUGCUAAAUAAACCUUGUUAUUUCUCUUAUUAGCAAAAUGGAAGUUAGCCUCGCGAGCAGCGGUCAUCACCCUGAACGGCUCAAUCGGUGGUGGAAUCUUGGGCAUUGCGUACAGCUACAUCCGCGACGCCGAGACUCUGGAUGUCCCGACAUUCGUAACUGGUGUCCGCGGGGGCUUGGUGUCAGUGACUGGCAUUUGUGCUCUGGCCCGGCCGUGGGAAGGACUGGUAAUAGGAGUCUUUGGCGGGCUGUUCGCAUGCCUGCUGUCUGACGCCAUGAUCAAAUUAAAGAUUGAUGAUCCAGUGAAUUGCGUUUCUACUCAUGCUGGGUCAGGAGUAUGGGGCAUGAUCGCCGUGGCUUUGUUUGUGGAACAAGAGAAAACAGAAGGUUUUGCUGAGGAGAAAGGACUUUUUAAGGUGCUGCUUAAUCACAGUGCACAUGUGUAGAGCGGAUUACCUUUACCUUGUGUAGUUUGUUCAAGCUUGCUGACUUGGUUUGA